CUGAUGUUGACGGUCCGGACUCUGUUCGGUUUCCUGGUGAGCUCGCGGGUCGCAGCGGGCCUCGCUCAGACGGCGACGUGUCGGCUGACGUCUGACGCUGAGCAUCAGCCGAAGGGUUGCUUCAGCAGCAGAGCGGCGUCUACGAUGGCCCAAACCAUGAAAUACCUCGGGCAGGAGGAGGCCCAGAAGAUCGACGAAGAGCUCUUCAGCGAGUACGGCUUCAGCGUGGAUCAGCUGAUGGAGCUGGCUGGACUCAGCUGUGCUACAGCCGUCACACGGGCGUAUCCGCUCUCGUCUCUGGUCAAGUCCAGACCGUCCGUGCUCGUGGUCUGUGGACCGGGGAACAACGGGGGCGACGGGCUGGUCUGCGCUCGGCACCUCAAACUGUUUGGUUACGAGCCCACCAUCCUGUACCCCAAGAGACCCGGCAAAGUUCUGUUCCAGGGUCUGACCACGCAGUGCGAGAAGAUGGAGAUCCCCUUCCUGACGGAGAUGCCCGAGGCGGAAGUUCUCGACGAGGUUUAUAAUCUGGUGGUCGACGCCGUCUUCGGCUUCAGCUUCAAAGGUUCUGUUCGAGAACCGUUCGCUUCCGUCCUGCACGAGCUGAAGAAGAGCACGGUCCCCAUCGCCAGCAUCGACGUCCCCUCAGGUUGGGACGUGGAGCGGGGCGGCGCCGACGGCCUCCAGCCCGACACGCUCAUCUCUCUGACCGCGCCCAAGAAGUCGGCCUCCAUGUUCACGGGACGGUACCACUUCCUGGGAGGGCGGUUUGUCCCGCCCAGCUUGGAGAGGAAGUACCAGCUGAACCUGCCUCCGUACCCGGGGACGGACUGCGUCCUGCAGCUGUAGAGGAACCGGGCCGCUUUGGGUCUGGUCCAGAGGUUCUGAUCCGGUCCUGUGGUCCGAUCAGCGGUUCCAGCCUUUCAGCUUCAGUUCCUGAAUGUUCCCUUUGAACCAUGAAUCUGAAUGAAUGUUGCUGUUUUCGGCUGUCAGAAACUAUCAGCCGAAGAAAACGAGAAUAAAUAAAGGUGUUGGGGCGAA